AUGGGAGCCGUGCUUGGAAUUUGUUCAGCAGCACAGCUGGCCUGCUGCUGUGGCAGUGCUGCAUGCUCAUUGUGCUGCUCAGCUUGUCCGUCAUGUGCCAAUUCAACAUCCACACGACUCAUGUACACUGUAAUGUUGCUACUUGUCAUGGUAGUGGCCUGCAUCACUCUUGCUCCGGGGUUACAUGAACAGAUGAAAAAGGUACCAUUUUGUGAAAAUUCAACAUCAAUGGUGCCAGGUACCUUCAAAGUUGACUGUGAUAAUGCUGUUGGUUAUUUGGCUGUUUAUAGAAUCUGCUUUGCAACUUGUCUCUUCUUUGUUUUGAUGGCAUUGCUCAUGAUUGGAGUGAGAUCUUCAAAAGAUCCAAGAGCUGGUAUUCAAAACGGGUUCUGGGGCAUCAAAUAUCUGAUUGUUAUUGGCGGUAUCAUAGGGGCUUUCUUCAUACCUGAAGGAUCAUUUGCAUCAACCUGGAUGGUGUUUGGAAUGAUUGGUGGCUUCUGCUUCAUUGUUAUACAGCUUAUUUUGAUCAUUGACUUUGCUCACUCUUGGGCCGAAAAAUGGGUUUCCAAUUACGAAGAAACACAAUCUCGAGGUUGGUACUCGGCGUUGCUGUUGGCCAUGUUGUCAUGCUAUGCGCUUACAUUGACUGGCAUUGUUUUACUUUAUGUCUUCUAUACUAAGCCAGAUGGAUGUGACCUAUCAAAGUUCAUCAUUUCCUUCAACCUGAUCCUGGUUGUGAUAGCGAGUGCUAUAUCAAUCCUGCCUUCAGUCCAGGAGUACCAACCCAGGUCUGGUCUCCUUCAGUCAGCGGUUGUGUCAUUGUAUGUCAUGUACCUGACUUGGUCAGCCCUGUCAAACUCCGCUGCCCCAUGUAAUGCCAGUAUCACUGAUGAAAAUGAGGAUUUACGAGAAGAAAAUUAUUGGUCGUCAUUCGACAAGCAGUCUAUCAUUGGUCUGGUGAUUUGGGUGUGCAGCGUACUAUACUCGUGCGUACGAACAGCAUCUUCCUCUUCCAAGAUUACAAUGUCAGAACAUAUUCUAGCCAAGGAUGGAACGUCAGGCGAGGGAGGGCUGAUUGCUAAUGAAGAAGGAGACGGUGGUGAGGCAGGCGCUAAGGAGACCAAGGUGUAUGACAACGAAGAUGACGCCGUAGCCUACUCCUGGAGCUUCUUCCACGUUGUCUUCGCUCUAGCCACCCUGUAUAUCAUGAUGACACUCACCAACUGGUACAACCCGAGUUCUCAGCUAUCAAAGUCUAAUGUGGCGUCCAUGUGGAUCAAGAUUACUUCUUCUUGGUUGUGCAUUGGUCUGUACAUUUGGACCCUUGUCGCACCAGCAGUUCUGCCUGACCGCGACUUUAGUUAA